AUGUCCUCAUCAGCCCAACUGCUCUCGCUCCCCCAAGAGAUCAUCAGAUGCAUAUGCCACCUGAUAUUCCCUCUUCGGGGUGAAAAGGAUGGAAGCGACGGUCCAAAGGAUCUGUCUCUCUUUUCGCGGACAUGCAAGCAAUUCCACGACGCCGCAACGCCCGUGGUCUACUCUCGCUUCCUUGCCCCUCCAUCCAACUCAAUGCGGGUAUGCCUCAACUUUCUCACGACACUCUGUCGACGCCCCGAACUCGGCGAAUUCGUACAGGAACUGAGCUUUGAAAUCAGCUCUUUUGCGGAUGUGAACAUCAAUCGACUUCCCAUACUUUCCGAAGCGGCAGCCAGGCUCGGCGUUGAUCUCGGACCGCCGCCACGGCAGCAUACCUUUGAGAUGCUGGCACAGCUCAUCAUUGCCCACACUCCAAAUGUGAGGUUGAUAAACUUCUAUGCAGACCAAUUCAUACGAAGACCGACGAGCGGCCCGAGGGUACUAGACCAGCUGGCAAGGAAAAGACAAAUGUUCUUUCGGAAACUGGAGGGUCUCACCAUCAAACAUUUCCACACGCCAAGUUUCUCGAUCGAGCACUAUGCAGGACUCAUUGUGCUUUCUCCUCGCCUCCGCCAACUUGUGGUAGAGCCAAGCUCCCCCCUGGAUCAUCCGUGGAUCAACCCGAACGCCAAUAACCUGCCAUAUCUCUCCACCGUGAGGCGACUCGCUCUGAACCUCGGCAACAUGGACAGAGACCAAAUGAGGAGGAUAGUGCACGCAUGUGGACCCUUGGAGCUCUUCCAUCACUUCUACUCGAUGCUGUAUUCCGAGCGCAGACCGUCGGUGACGCCCGCAGAGAUGGUUCGCAUCCUGGAGCGGCACGUGGACACCCUCGGCGAGCUGAAACUUGACCUCGCGUGGAGACACAGGGAUCGCCUGAGUGAGUUCUACGCCAGUCCGCUGUGCCUUGAAGGCGAGCAGAUCCGAUCUUUGAGAGCCUUCUCGAGCCUCAAAACCCUUCAACUGGACGGAAGCUGUUUUCUCUUUCCGAAUAAAUUCGACGAAGACUACCACGAGAAUUACUUCAUACAGCUGUUGCCCAAGUCGAUACAGACCUUCAAGAUCACUAUCGCACUGCCGGGCACUAUCGAGAAUCUGCGGACAGUGGCGAUGUCGAUAGGCCAGUUCCCGCACCUGAUGAAAGUACGCGUGAAGAACCAACUGUUUUGCCGGGUGACGAUGCAAAAUGUGUUCUUCAUCUGGCAGGAUAUGACGGCUUUGGGGAGGAUGAUGCGCAAGCUUGGGAUUGAUUUCGACCAAAAAUGUUCGUUGUUUGGAAUUCCGCCCAGCCCUUCCCCGAGCAUCGCGGACACAUCGUCGCCAGAAAGCGGUUCCUAUUAUUCAUCAGAGGGCGAAACUGUAUCCCCACUUCCUCACCAGGAGGCAUCGUCUUCUGAUUCUGAGAAUCCUGGUGGUGAUGCGUCUGAUGCCGGUGCACCUGGCGCCGUCGAGCCCGAUGUUGAAGCGUCUCAUGUUGAUGGGCCUGGUGCGAAUGGGUCUGGUUCUGAUGAGCCUGAUGCUAAUGAGCCUGAUGCUAAUGGCCCGGAUGCUGUUGGGCCUGAUGCUGAUGCUGCUCUGCAGCAAGCCUCGACGGGUUUAAUUGAUGAAGAGGAUCUAUAUGACUAA